AUGUCGUCCACCACCAUGGCGAAGAAAAACAAGGGGAAGAAAACCGCCGAUCCUAGUGAGACUUCGAAACUACUGGCCGCCAAGAUCUCGCAGUUGGAACAGGAUGCUGUUGGUGAGAAGGAACAGGAAGCAGAGAUUGAGCGCGAAGUUAAGAAGGCGACCCGGGAUCUGAACCAACUACUGAACACCAUGGAAUCGCCAAUGACUCGCCUGGAAGCCGUUUCCAAGAAGUAUACAGAGCUGCUAGCGGACAUGAAAAAGUUGGACCGGGACUAUGCUAAGAGCAAGAAACGCUCCGACCAACUACAGAAGGACCAAGAGAAAAGCAAAUCCGAGUUUAGCAAGACUAUCACCAUGAAGGACAAGCUAGAGAAGCUCUGCCGAGAGUUGACCAAGGAAAACAAGAAAGUCAAGGACGAGAACAAGAAGCUCGACGAUACAGAAAAGAAGGCCCGCUUGAUUGUCAAUGAACGACUGGACUCUUUGCUCUACGACAUUCAAGAUGUCAUGGCUGCCAAGGGGAAUCCUCGGAAUGAGAAAGUGGAUGUGGACUUGGAUGAUGCCCUCCGUGUAAAGCUCAAGACCAUUAGUGAGCAAUUCGAUACGCGCGAACUUCAUUACAAGGGUCUUCUCCGCAGCAAGGACUCAGAGAUCCAGAGCCUGACCGCCAAGUUCGAGGAGCAGCGCCGAUCUGCCGACAACGAGUCUGUCCGUGGUCGAGCUCUGAGUGCCCAAGUCUCUACCUUCUCCCAUACAGAAGCAGAACUUCGCAGUCAGCUGAACAUCUACGUGGAGAAGUUCAAGCAGGUCGAGGAUACUUUGAACAACAGCAAUGAGCUUUUCCUGACUUUCCGGAAGGAAAUGGAAGAGAUGUCGAAAAAGACCAAGCGUUUGGAAAAGGAGAACCACACCCUCAACCGGAAGCACGAACAGACCAACCGCAACAUUCUUGAAAUGGCCGAAGAGCGUACCCGGAAUCAGGAGGAACUCGAGCGAUGGCGACGCAAGUGUCAGCAUCUUGAGGCUCUGUGCCGUCGUAUGCAGGCCCAAGGUCGCGGCGAAGGCAUAGCCGAAGGCGAUGAUCACUUGGAAAAUGAUGACGAAGGCACAGAGAGCGAGUAUGAUGAUGAUUACGAAGAUGAUGAAGACUUGAGCGAUGAAGGAGAGGCUGAGCAAGAUCAUACUGUUUCGCAUCCCGCCGAACGGCCUGUCUUUGGUCCACCUCCGCCUCCCAGUCUUCUCGAGGCCCGAGCUUCUAAGAAUGCCGUUGUGAACGGUUGCCAUUGA